AUGGGGAGACUCAUCAAGAACCACUGGGGUCGCCUGAUCAUCUUGACUGCCGCACUCUAUCAAGUCGCUGCGGCCGUGGAAGGCUUCUUCUGGCCCAAGAUCUUCUGGGACUUUUUGACCAAGAAUUUGGAUGGCGCCGUCAAGCCGAUACCGAUUCUGCAAAUCAUCAACCUACUGUUUGGCCUCGGUAUGCUGGCUUUGGAGUGGCCGCUGGCCUUUGUCGCCGGCACAAGCAUCCAUCGGUCGCUCGAGUUCCGGCUCGCCGUUCUGCCUCUGACGGCUCUCGCCGCGGUGCUCAUGUAUCAGUCCACGAACCCCGCCAUCUACUAUCUCAUCGGCAUGGUGGUGUACUUUGUGGCCUACAGCGAAGGAGAGAUGAUCUGCGCGAAGCCGUGGACGCUGCCUCAGCGCGGAGCCGCUGGCAUGCGAGAAUAG